GAGGAGGAGGAGUGAGGCUGGAAGGAAAAUACAAACUUGGACAAACUUGGGAUGACCUGGAUCUGACUGGCUGUGGCAGACUGGAAGGAGGUGUUGUUCUAAACUCUGGGCUUUUUAGCUUUUUAUUUGUUUUCUCCUGCAGCAGUCCCGUCGCCUCAGCAAUGAGGAAGGACCGUCUCCUCCUGGCUGCAGCCCUCACAGCCGUCUUCUCAGCUGAUUUCUACUUCAUCCUGCUGCCCAAGCUGCAGAGCAGGAGGCAGGCAGAGGGACACGGCUGCUCCUGCGCUCCCACCGAUGGGAACCUCAGCCUCCCCAGGCUGGAGGGCCUGGCGACGCCGCGGCUCUCCAACUGGACUCUUCCAGGUGUUGUCCCGCCGUCUGAGCCCGCCGACGGAGGCUCCAAGCUGGAGAGGCUGUUCGCUCAUCCUUUGUACAACAUCCAGACUCCAGACCUGAGGGCGGAGGAGAGGCUGCUGCAGGUGGAGCAGCUGAUGGAGUACUACAAGAAGAAGGUGUCACACUGGGAGAGGCAUAAGAAACUUUACGACGAGGCGGCAGCUUUGGCCAACAUCUCGUUGACGGUGCAAGACAUGACGUACGAUCCCGACGCCAGCUGGCUGAAGUUCCACUCUGGGAUCAACCGCUACGCCCUGUACUCCCGGGAGGACCCCGCCAUCCUCCAGCUUCUCAAGGACAUGCGGAACAUGACGAUUGUAGACGCAGAUUACACACAGGAUGAGAAAGCUUUGAAAGGAGCGUGUGAUUGCACUCAGGUGGUGAAGCCCAGCGGACAUCACCUGAAGCUGGCUUUGAAAAUGCACAACUUUGGUAAAGCCAUGUUUAAACCAAUGAGACAGCAGAGGGAAGAGGAGACUCCAGAGGACUUCUUCUACUUCGUUGACUUCCAGAGACACAAUGCAGAGAUCGCAGCAUUUCACCUGGACAGAAUCCUGGACUUCCGAAGGGUUCCUCCGGUGGCUGGCAGGCGAGUGAAUGUCACAGCAGAAGUUCUCCAAGUGGCCCACAAUGAAGACCUGCGAGCCGUGUUCUUCACCUCACCAGCAAACAACACGUGUUUCUUCGCCAAGUGCCUUUAUGUGUGUAAGACAGAAUAUGCCGUGUGUGGGAGCCCGGACAUGCUGGAGGGMUCGCUCUCCGCCUACCUGCCGGGCCUCAGCAUCGCUCCCCGCCUCUCCAUCCCCAACCCCUGGACACGCUCCUACACCUUCAACGGACACCAGGAGUGGGAAGUGAAUCCUUUCUUCUGUGACUCAGUAAAGCAAAUGCCUCCAUAUAACUCAGGCAGCAGGCUGCUCAACAUCAUAGACAUGUCCAUCUUUGAUUUUCUAAUAGGUAAYAUGGACAGACACCAUUAUGAAAUUUUCACCAAAUUUGGAGAUGAAGGAUUUCUUCUCCACCUGGACAAUGCCAGAGGGAUAAAACAUUCCACUCUCCUGAGACUGCAGCUCCUGGCCCGGUCAGAGUUCAGGCUCAGCGACGUGAUGAGGGAAUCACUUUCGAGAGACUCUUUGCUGCCGGUCCUGACUGAGCCCCACCUCUUAGCGCUGAACCGCAGGUUAAACAAGGUCCUCCUAAUGGUCCAGCGCUGCGUCCGGAGRCUGGGCAAGGACGUGGUGAUUACCAAAGACUUUAUAAAACCCACAGAGAAACCUCGGACGAGCUCAGAUCUAGAAAUGUUCAGGUAACAGCUCAGGCACGAAGUGACUCAGACCACCAGGAUCACCAGCAGAGAGGAGACAGCUGUCAUGCACUGGAUGAAUCCAAUUUAUUCUGCUUUACAUGCUGACUGUGUAGAGAUAUUUUUUAAAUAAAGUUAUUUUGUAACAUGAA